CUGGAGUCUGUGUAUUUUAGCUGAAGGCUGCCUGUGUGUCUAGCCGGAGUCUAGCCGGAGCCGGUGAGCUGGUUGCUGACCGUUGGGCUGAUGCCUGAGGCGCUUCUCUCGAGGAGUCACCGCGCGACGGGUCUGAGAGGAAAAGGGCGGCUUCACCUGAGGAAAGAACGAGAACCUCACCUGGGGACAGGGAGCCUCAGAGCGGCGGCGGCGGCGGCGGCGGCGACAUGCAGCACCAGGGGGGAGGAGGCUCCCUGAAGAGCCGGAACUCCGCUUUCUUGUUCACCACCAACCCACUCCUGAGUGAAUUGCCAAGUUUUCAGUCGCUGCUUAGAAGGUCUUCAAUGAAAGCAACUAUAAGCAAACGGAAAGCCACCAUCACCAGUCAGUUAUCAGAGGACUUGGAACAGCCCAUUGGGCCAUUGCGGGAGUUGCCUGUUAGCAUUAAAGAGAAGAAGCGAAUCAGAGCUGGUCAAGAUUAUCAAGCAUACAUGUUAACAAAAUACGAUCAAAGCCUCCUAUUUAGGAAAAAGGCAAGGUUUGUUCAAACAAUCAAGGAACGUUUAUCUAGCCUGUAUCUUUGGAAAAAAGACAUUCAUGACAUAGAAGGCAAAUUUGGCACCGGAAUCCAAUCUUACUUCUCUUUUCUGCGUUUUCUGGUGGCGUUGAAUUUUGUGAUAUUUCUGUUAAUGUUUACUUUUGUCACACUUCCGAUGAUCAUUUCAAACCAUGGAGCUGUUAACGUUACGCGUGCCGAAGUUUCCUCCUCUGUCGUAGCUGAAGAAUGCACAGUGUAUGAACAGCCUAAAACCAAGCUUGUCAUUUUCUAUAGCUACAUGAUUAAUCUUUUCUCAGGAACAGGAUUCCUGGAGCAGACAUAUCUAUUUUAUGGAUAUUACAAAAUUGAUCGUUUGCAUUCUGGCAAUUUGCACUAUAAUCUACCACUUGCAUACUUCUUGGCAAUGCUUUCCUAUAUCCUACUGAGCCUAUUCUGGAUUGUGAAAAGGGCUGUGGAAGGUUUCAAACAAAGCUUUAUCAGAUCUGAAGACCGAUUUCAAAGUUUUUGUAAUAAGAUUUUUGCAGGUUGGGACUUCUGCAUCACUGAUCUGCAUGCUGCAGAGCUGAAACAUAGCUGUCUACAGUAUGAGCUGAAAACUGACUUGGAUGAAGAAAGAAUCAAGCAGAAAAUUGCAGACAGAACCAAGAGGGAGAAGUGCCGAAUCUACCUCUUAAGAGCUUUCUUGAAUUUGGUAGUUGUAAUGAUAUUGGCCAUUUGUUUUUACUGCAUUUACAGAACUACUGUUUACUCUCAAGCGUAUAAAGAAAAUUCGGAUAAUGUUAAAGGCUUCACAUUCAGUCUAAUAGUUGAGUACUUGCCAUCGAUUGUCAUCACAGCAGCUAACUUUAUCACUCCGCACCUGUUUGAACGCAUAAUCCAAUUUGAAGACUAUUCACCAGCCUUUGAGAUAAGAUUUAUACUUAUUAGGUCUGUAUUUGUGCGAUUGGCUAAUAUUAUUGUUCUCCUGGCGAGUUUGUGGUCACAAAUCACCACUUGUAAAAAUCCUGACUGCAAACCUUGUGGCUACAACAACAAAUUAUAUCCAUGUUGGGAAACCCGAAUAGGACAAGAAAUGUAUAAGUUGAUGAUAUUUGACUUGAUUACAAUUUCAUUUGUUGCACUGUUCCUGGAAUUCCCCAGAAAGUUAAUUGUAACCUAUUGUACUUUUCCACCUUUCAAGUGGUGGGGUCAGCAGCAGUUUGCUGUUCCUCAAAAUGUAUUAGAAAUUGUUUAUGGUCAGACUAUUUGUUGGAUAGGAACAUUUUAUUCACCAUUGCUCCCUGGAAUAGCAACCAUCAAGUACAUCUUCAUAUUUUAUAUCAAAAAGAUAUCUUUGAUGAACAAUUGUCGCCCUUCCAACAGACCUUUUCGUGCAUCAAGCUCUAACUUUUUCUUUCUGGCAGUUCUGUUAAUUGGACUUCCAUUGGCCUGUGUUCCUAUCCUCUUCGGUGUUGCAGUGGUCAAGUCAUCCAAAUCUUGUGGACCAUUCGUGAACUACGAUACCACAUGGGAUGUUAUUCCAAAAACCAUUGACCGUUUCCCAAAGGGUCUUAAGAAUCUUCUAUAUGGUUUGGCAUCCGAGGCUUUUGCAAUACCAUUCUUUCUGGUUGUAUGCCUCAUUCUGUUCUAUCUUGUUGCUUUGGCUGGAGCACAUAAACGAGUUGUUCUUCAGCUCAGAGAGCAACUGGCUAUGCAAGGUCGUGACAAACAAUACCUUAUCAAAAAACUAACAAGGGAUUCGCUCGUUUUGAAGAAGACAUCUACAGAGACAAACAUUUGGGAGAACUGAAAUAAGACUGUUCAGAAUAUACAGCAAUACAUAGACAACAGAAGUGUGCUAUGUAUUACAAUAGUUCAGGAAUUUUUUUUAUUUCACAAUUUUACAGAAAACAUUUUCUGAUUGUUCUGUUACUGAUAAAGAUAAAUUAGCACUCUACUAUGAGGUAAACAUUUUGGGGAUUUCUUUUCUCUUGAAAUUUUGCCUGUACCUUAUUAAAAACCAAAUUGUAAUUCUGUUACAUGAAAGCUUUUACAGGCACAAGUUCUUGCAAAUGCUGAUAUUGUUUUUUUGUUAAUCAUCUGGGAACCAUUUUUUAAAAAUUAGCUUAUUUUACCUAUUUGUUGCUCUCUUUGUACAUCUGAUGGUUAUUAUACUAUUAUUUCCUAUUUAUUAACACAUAUUUCCUUUAAUAUUUAUGUGUGUAGUAAUGGAAGAAUUUCUUAAUACUGUGAAGGAAGCAGUGCUGGUAAUGUUCACCACCCAAAUACAACACUACAGACUACUGCCCAUUUCCACUACUACUCAAUUCAGUGUUCAAAACUUUGCUUCAAAAAAUCCUAAUAGCUGUUUAUUUGAAUAUACUGGCUCUUUACCUGCACCAAAGUUUUUACAGAUUACACUUGUCUUGUUUAUGAAAUUAAGUUAGAUGUUUAUUAGCUUCCUGAGAGACAAAAAAAAAUAUACAAUCAACACUUGAUACGCUACGAUGGACAAAGGAGUUGCUCAGAAUGCACAGAUUUUAAAAUGCCAACUCCACGCUGUGGAUAUUUGAACUUGAGUAUUCUUCCUGAACUCAUGUUGCUGCAAACACCCCUUGUAUUAGCUGCACCUCAGCACCAAUUUAAAUAUCAUUCAACGUAACCUCACAUGCAUCUUCCUGCUACCCAUUCCUAUCAGCUUACCCAGGGUAUCUUUGUCUUUAGUAAAUUACCUAGGCGUCCUUGCAGUUCAUGUUUAAAACUGGUGGAAAAAAAUCUGCUUGGAGCACACAAUGUAGCUGGAUAGCUCCACUCAAAUAGCCUCAGUUUUUAAAAGAUCUCAAUUAAGGGGUUGCAUUUCAAUGGGAACAGGGUCCUGAUUGCCUGCCAUAACUUGAUAAACGUUUAAAUUGUACCUCUGGCAUUUUCAUUGUGCAUUGUAACUUCGGUGAAAGUUCAAUCAGGAGACCCUCCAUUGAAAUUAAUGACGUGUCUAAAACACAGGAGAUAAAUGUACUUAUUACAAAAGGUGUAGAUUUAUCCAUCUACUUAUAUGUUAUUCUAUCAACAGACUUGCAUUUAGUUUGUGCUUCCUGUAAGUGGUCUUACUUCUUGUAAUGUAGUUCUCUAUCACAGUUUGUUGAUAACAUGUCUUUUAUUAUUAAAUAACCUCUUCCCUAACUCUGUGACCAACAGCACAGGAGCUCUGCUAAUAAAAUACUGGGCCUGAUCUUGCUGGAAAAAUAUUGUUAUGGUAACACUGCUUGCCAUUAUUUAUGUGCAAUUCAGCCAGCAAGUUCAGGACUAUUCAGUGAGUUGCAAGUCUCUAGAACUUGUUGGUUUGUGCAAACAGCAUCUCACUUUGGCCACACAACUUGCUGGGUUUGCACAUGAAUUGACCAUUAAAUGCAGAAAGUUAAGUCUGGUAUUUAAGAUGCAAGUGGCUUUUUUAAUAAGUAGUAAUUGUUAAUGCAAUGCUAAUCAAUAUCUCUGGACCAGAAAUGGAUCAAAAUGUUCAAUCUCAUUCCUGCAUGUAGUCAAUUGCUGUUAGUGCUUUGAAUGUAUUUUUAAAAAUUAUUUCUUUCCAUCUCUUCUUUCUCACUCUUAAUCUAAUCAUUCUUUCUUUCUCUCUGUUUCUCUUUCUGUAGCUGUUCUGAUUCCCAAUUCAUCAUCCUUCUCUGUGCUUACGCUGUUUCUUGUUCCUUAAAUCUCAUUGGUUAAGGAAAUAUACUGUUGGUCUUGCCAUUCACUAAGAUGCCCCAUUGCCCUCACUCUGUCAUUAUCAGCUUGCGGCAAGUUAUGGGGUGAAAGUGAUUUGAGCUGGAGAAAGUCUAACUAUUGGUGUAUGCCACAAGAUGCCCAGCGCCAGAAAAUCUAUCCUUUUUUAAAAAUUGUUCAUCACAUCAGAUUUCAGUACAAAUCAAAAAUAAUUAAGAGAAAAUCAAAAAAAUGUUGCCUAAUGCCAUGUGCUUCUGACAUGGAACAUACACCACUUUCCAAUUUGCAUAGUUCCUGAGCAAACAAUAUCUAAACCUUAAGUAAUAUGAGCUUGUUUUCAUUCAACAACAAUUGCACUUUGUUGUCUAAAAGAGACACAUCAUUUUAGCAGAAUAAUGCAAUAUAUUGCAUUCAUACUGUUACCAAAAAUAUGUAUUACAAAAUUGACAGCAUAUUUAGUUUUGUGGAAAUUAUCUGAUCAUUAUCUGAUUUUAAUAUGAGCCUCGAGCUUUUUAUUCGAAUCUACUGCAGUUCCACAAGCAAUAAAUUAUCAGUUGCAACUUUGCUAAACAUGGAGUAAUAAAAUUAGAGCACCAAUGGUUACAGUCUCAUUCCUCUCAGCCAAAUGGGGUGUUUCAGCAGAAAACAUAGUCCGGUUGUAUUACUCAUCUGAGUAGGUGUGUGAUGCAAGAACAAAUUGCAACAGAAAACCUGGAUAAACUUGCUCACACUUGAGUUCUAUGAUUUUUCCUACUAGAAAAUGGGUUGUGGCUUUAUUUGGCUCAAUUAUAUCUUCCAAAUCCUUUGACCAAAGCUUUCUUGAUACUGUCACGCCCAGUAAAGGCAUAUCCUAUUCAUAACUUUUAAAACACUGCAAUUAGUUUGGAAUCUUCUGGAACUAACUUGCUUUUAAAAUAAACAAUGAUGGACUGCUAAGCUGGCUGCCACGGAUCACCUGCCUUGAUUGGUGGAUUCAAACUACAGCACUGUCUCGAAAGACAACGGCACCCAUUUCAGACUAAGAAUUGUCAACACAUGCAUCCUGACACCAUUAGGAACUGCAUUCUUGGCUUGAAUGGGUAUUUUCAGCCAGAAGACAAUAAUGGUCUCAAGCACCCAGAGGUGGAUGGUGGAUGGCUGUGGUAUUCAAAGUAAGGUUAACCCUCUGAAGGAGGGUCUUACGGACUUGAAACGUUCACUCUGUUUCUCUCUCCACAGACGCUGCUAGACCUGCUGAGUUUUUCCAGCAUUUUCUGUUUUUGUUUCAGAUUUCCAGCAUCUGCAGUAUUUUGCUCUUAUUUUAAGAUUAACACCACAUUUGGAAGGGAGCUGUAAGCAGCCACAUGUUGAGGCAGCCCCUUUUCCUUUCCGUCAGUCUGCACAACAGUUGCAUGACAUCAGCAAAAAAGGUAGCAGACCCAUGCCUUUUUAACAUGAAGACUGUUAUAUGUAAAAGGUUUCCCAGCCUGAUUCCUAUUCCAAACGCAUCUAAAGCAACCUUGAUCUUCUGUUAAGAAAACUACAAGUGCCAAACUUUGUGACCUGUUGAGCCUUAAUCUGUUAGAGGGAGCCCUGCAACAACUCUGAGUUACAACUCCGGGUAUCGGAAUCUACCUAGACUAACCCUUCAGUAGUGAAAUGCCAUUUUAAUCACUGCUUCUUAAAAACUCUUUCUUUUUUGUAAUUUAAACUGUAUCUUUUGUGUGUGUGUGUGUGUGUGAGUGAUGUAGCAUUUUAGACAUUCGGGAUGAAUGCAUGAAUAAAUAACCCUCUGUCUUUAAACCUACAAAAGUUGGCUGUUAUUUAAAUUGACCACACCCCAGAGGCUAAGAGACACAAAAAUUCCUGUCCAAAGCCACACUGAUUAUGAACAGUAAGGGGAGGGUACAAGUGUUUCAGUUCUCUUCCCCACCCUCUCUGUAAUAAUAGUCAUGGACUAAAUUUUUCAGUUGACAAACUAUCCUUUUGUAAUAAACACAUUAUAUACAUGUUUCUUUAUAAAUGCUGUAGAUUUUAAUUAAAGGAAAUUUUUAUGUAGUUAAUGUAUUAAUUACCUGCAAUACAGCUUUUUCUCCAGAAAACUUGUUUAAAUUAAAAAAUACUGCUAUUAUUGCAGUAAUGUCUUAUUGGGUUACAUUUGUAGAUGUAUAUUUUACAGGGUAUCUUUAAGGGGCGUCUGUAUUUAUGAUGCCCCAUAGCUUCGGUGCAUUUGCUGGAGUACACUUAUUGUUAACACGUGUACUACUAGAUACUACAAGAAAUGUGUUUCGAAUUCAGUUAUGUGCACAUGAAUGUGUGUAUGUCUCUUUAAAAAAAAACAUAAAUUAACCAGUUUUUGUCCUUUACAUAAAUAAAGGUUUUCAAAAAA